GGGAGGGUGUGCUGCGCGGCGCUCCGGAGAACACGCACUUGCGCUGCUUUGUCGCUUGCUGUCGACUCUGGUGUUCUGGCAUUUUGGGAGGCCGUGGUGUGUUCAGUGUGGCGUGCGGGCCUUUCUCAAUGAGUCGUGGAGUGUAUUAGGAGGCGCUGGUUAUCGGCUGAGAGGAAAAAAUACCGAGUUUUGGGUGAUAAUAUACCUAGCAGUGAUCCGUUCUGAAGUGGAAAAGUAUAGUCGAAGUUUCUCUGAGUUGACUGGAUACACUAUGAUUGGAGAUGGUUAGUGCCAGUGUAGGGUGAGGCUUGUCAGCACACCCCGUCAGGAAUGGUGAAAAGACCGUGAGCAUGGGCUGGUAACAACAGUAUGGUCUCAGGGACUGUGGUGAGCGCCGGCACGGUCUCUCCUCACCACAAGUAUGUGGCGGUCACGCUCAUCACGCACGAAACGCUCACUUUCGCCGUUGAGGUGAAGACCCGAGUCGCCGAGGUGUACAGCCAGGUGUGCUCCUACCUGCAGCAGCUGGGCAUGCAAGACACUGAUCUCUUCGGAUUGGCCACUGUCAUCGGGCCUGGACGAAGGCGGGGAAGCCCUCCUGCAGUUUCGGUUCCGUGUACAGUUCUACGUGGAGACCCACCUCCUCCUCAGGGACCGGGUGUCGCGGCUUCACUACUACCUGCAGCUGCGGGAUAAUGUGGUUGCGUACACCCAACCCAUCAGCGAGGAGGCGACGUUCCUGCUGGCGGCCUACGCGCUGCAGGCUGACCUCGGGGACUUCUGCGAGGACCAGCACCAGGGACACUACUUCGACCCCAACCUCUACUUCCCGCCCUGGGUGGUGGAGCGCGUGGGGCUGACGUACAUCAUGGAGCACGCGCCGCACAUGCACCGCGACAACCUCGGCCUCACGCAGGCGGAGGCCCACGCCCAGUACAUCCGGGAGGCGUCGCAGCAGGAGGCACCGCACAACCUCCACAUCUACCAGCUGCGCUACAAGAAGCAGGACCCAUCGCCGCAGGUCGCCCUCGCCAUCUGCGCCAAAGGGGUCGAGAUAUACGAGGAGGAGAUGGGUCCUAUCACCCCGUCCCGCAAACUGAUCUCAUCCUUCCAGUGGUCCAACAUCGGGAAAUUAUCCUUCGAGGUAAGUUCUUGUCUUUUGUUGCUACGCCGUCACUUUGUUUAAGGGUCGUGUGGCUAGGGGCUUUCAGAAUUCAUUAAGGUUGCAUUUUCUCCAUCUCUCUUUAGGGAUGUUGAAAAGAGUCCGAAAGGAAGAAAGAGUUGAUCACAGUUCACGAGUACGUCUUUUAUGGUGACGAAAAGGAAAUUGUUUGUUUUGCUUAUGCGUAUAUCCAAGAGCACCAGUCGGGCUUCACAAUCGUUGUUUAGAUGUGAAAAUCACACAUUUUCCCCAAAAAGUUUGCAUACCUUUUUUGCCAAAACGAAGUCAACAAAAAGGUUUUUAAAGAGAGAGAAAGAAAGGAAGAAAAAAAGGAAAUCGAAGGUCCCACUGUUUAGCCAAACUGGAUCAAUGUUGCACGACUGUUUGCAGUGAGGGCGUGUCGGCUCUCUUGCUAGACGAUUUCGCGGGUCAUUCCACCAGUAGAAGCCGGUUGCGAAAGCCGUGUCUCGCCGCCUUGUACUGCCUCGGCUUGCCCGAAGGCGGGAAGUCUAGAAAAUGUUAUUUUUACAGGGGCGAAUGGGGGUAGGUUAGAAAAUCCUGCUUUUAGAUGGGGUGAAUACAGGGAAGAUCGAAAAAAGGCUAC